AUGGCUGUCUAUGACCCAAAUACGGCAAAAGUGGCCAUUAUCACCGGUGCCGCAAAGACUAGCAUCGGUGCCCUGGCGGUACGCAACUUGGUGAAAAGGGGCUGGCACGUCGCCAUCCUCGACAUCCUCGAAGAACAGGGUGAGAAACUAUCGGCGGACACCAUCUUCAUCAAGUGCGAUGUUUCGAGCUACCAACAGCAGGCGGAAGCCUUCCAGAAAGUGAAGCAGCUCUGGGGAAGGCUGGAUGCGUUUAUUCCGAAUGCCGGUAUCGUGGAGAGAUCGUCCUAUUAUAUUUUCCGACAUCGAGACAGCACUGAGGUGCCACCGGAGCCAAACACCCUAGGAGUUGAUGUGACGUUCAAGGCGGUAAUGUAUGGGGUACAGCUGGCCAUACACUUCAUGAGACAGAAUGCCACCCCCGGAGGCCAAAUCGUCACGGUGGCCAGUGUAGCAGGGCUAUAUGGUUCGAGAAUAUAUCCAGAGUAUAGUGGCAGCAAGGCUGCGGUCAUUGGCUUUUCUCUGGCCAUUGCCCCUAUCCUGCAGAAAAAAGAGAACAUUCAGCUCAACACUGUCGCCCCCGGGAUUGUGAGGGCAGAGGUUGUCCCUCAAGCUUUGAUCGACGCAAAUGGAUACGAAAAGUACGCAUAUCACCACUUGGACUCCCUUGUGAUAGAUGCAAUCUUGUAUUUCCUCGACAACAAGGACAUUGCCGGCCAGCUUGUGGAGGUUUCAGGAGAGAAAAGGUUGGUCGUGCAACCCCGACCGUAUGCGAAUGGUACUCCCUCGCAACGGGCCGCAGCGAUGUGGGCACCUGUUUUCCAACAUGUACAUGGGGAACCCUCAGAGGUUCCGGGAGAAAUCACCUGGUGA